UAUUUUCUUUAGAAAGAGGGAGGGGAUCACCACCAUUGGGUUUUGGACUUCCCGAGUGGAGCCCGAUGCCCAGCACGCAGUGGAUGUCCCAGAAAUGUUGGUUCCUGCAUCAAUGCCCCCUCCUGCUAUUAGUCCCUGAAAUGGAGGCUUCUCCUGGGGAUCACCUCCACCGGCCUUUGGGUUCUGGCCACCACGGAUCACCUGGGUGAGAGGCCAAGGUUGCUGAGGGAGAAGCGGGUGAAGGGCCUGGGCCCCUUUAGGCUGCAGAAGAAACAGACUCAAAAAGGGCAGGGCCAGGGGCUCCGACUGCCACUGCCGCCACCGCCAUCAGGGUCUUCUUCCCCUUCCCCACCAGCCACACUACUUUGAGACUUUUGUGACAUCACACCCAUCCCGUCCUUUUCAGCUUCCCUCAUUAGACAGGGAGCUCCUUUUCUUGUCUUUUUGUCCCCGUGGCUGAGCACGGCACUUGGCCCACAGGAGAAGCUUGGCGAGUGUUGGCUAUCUGUCUCUGUCUGGUGGGAGCAGUCAUUGCCUAUUUGAGAGGCUGAAACGUGGGAGAGUGUCUGAGCCCCGACGGCAGAGGCACACGAGGGCUACCCCGGAUCGGGGCGUAGCUUUGCUAGAUCAAAACUCAUUCAAACUGAGAGCUGGUGAAAAUUGGACUGGGCUGCUCUGGAAGCUAGUGACCAGGGCUGGCCAAGGCUCUAGAGGCUGGAGGACAGGCAGUCAGGCUGUUGGGGCCCAGCUGCAGGGCACUCUAAAUGGCCCCUGCUGUGCUCUCCAGUCCAAGCUAGGCAGCCCUUCUCAGUCAUGCCCUCCUUUGACAUACCCUUUCCCUGACGCUGCUCUCUGCAUGUGGAAAGAGACAGGCUCGUGGCAAACACAGUCCCUCAGUGGUACAGUGAGUCAGAGGACCCGGGAUCCAAGCUGCUUGGGUGCCCUUAGGCUGGGCACUUAAGCUGUGUGCCUCAGCUGCCUCACCUUCCAAUGAGGGGAAUGGACCUGGCAGUCCCAGAUUCCCCUGUACAUCUGCAGUCCUCCAGGGGGGAAUUACACAGAUGGCAUGAGGGAGGGAAGGAGGAAAUGAAGGCCAUUUCCAAGGCCCAGGAAGCCCCUGGGGCAUCCCCCCCAGACCACCCUGCACCCCAGAGGUAACCAAACUGGAAUGUGGGAUGGAUGGAGGAGAAAAGAGAUUGGGAACCUGAGGCUGUCCUCCCGGUGCCAUUGGGAGCUCUUCGAGGGAAGGGUGGGUACCCAGGAGGUGCUGACUCAAUGCUGGCUGCCUGGGGCUGUGCCCCAGGCUCCCCUCCCUCUCCCUGGCGAUUAUGCCCUAGGCUGAAGCUUUCCUUCCAGAUGCACCAAGCCACGAAUUUCAGCCCUGGCCCAGAAGCAAUGCCCAUCACUCAUCAUGCCAAAGUAGCAGCAGCAGCAGCAGAGGUGGAGCCUAGUGUUGGGGGGGGAGUGCACCCGCCCACCUGCCUGCCCGCCUGCCUGUACCUUCACUUCCUCUGAGCUACUCAGUCCAGAUUUCAACCCCCAGCUGGCUGGUGGGAGGCAGAGAGCAGCACACAGCCUCCAACCCCUGGAGCCACUUUUGCCCAGGGCUGCUGAGCUCCAGGACAGCCAUCAUGUCUGCAGUCCCUUCCCAGCACCUUGUGCUGGAUGAUCUCGCCUUCCUGGAAAACAGCAGUUUUCCCUACGACUACCCAGAAAAUGAGUCGGCGCCCUGCUGCUCCUCUCCACCCUGUGGCCAAGACUUCAUCCUGGCUUUCGACCAGGCCUUCCUGCCUGCCCUCUACGGCCUUCUCUUCUUCUUCGGCCUGCUGGGAAAUGGAGCCGUGGCGGCCGUCCUUGUGAGGCAGCGCCCAGCCCUGAGCAGCACCGACACCUUCCUGCUCCAUCUGGCUCUGGCUGACACACUGCUGGUGCUGACCCUCCCACUCUGGGCUGUGGAGGCUGCCCGGGAGUGGGUCUUCGGUUCUGGCCUCUGCAAGGUGGCAGGGGCCCUCUUCAAGAUCAAUUUCUACGCCGGGGCCUUCUUGUUGGCCUGCGUCAGCUUUGACCGCUACCUGAACAUCGUAUGUGCUGCCCGACUCUACCGGCGGGGCCCUGGGACACGUGUGACCCUCACGUUUGCUGGGGUCUGGGGACUCUGCCUGCCCUUGGCCUUGCCCGACUUGCUCUUCCUCUCAGCCCGGCAUGAGCCCCGCCUCAACGCCACGCGUUGCCUUUAUAGCUUCCCCCCCGCCGGUCACACGGCCCUGAGCAUCCUCCAGCUCCUGGCCGGUUUCCUCUUGCCUCUGCUCAUCAUGGCCUACUGUUACACUCGCAUCCUCCUGGUGUUGUUGGGCUCUCGGGGACAGCGAAGGCUUCGGGCCAUGCGGGUCGUAGUCACCGUGGUGGUGGCCUUUGUCCUCUGCUGGACACCCUACCACCUGACUACGCUGCUGGACAUCCUCCUCGACCUGAGGGUCGUGAGCCGGGACUGCGACUGGGAGAGCCGGCUGGACGUGGCCAAGUCCGUGGCUUCGGGCCUGGGAUUCGUGCACUGCUGCCUCAACCCCCUGCUCUACGCCUUCGUGGGGGCCAAGUUCCGAGACCGGAUGUGGACCCUGCUGGUGAGACUGGGCUGCCCGGGCCGGAAGGCGCUCCUCCGGCCCACCCCAGCAUCUUCUCGGAGAGGUUCCUCUUGGUCUGAGACCACGGAGGCCUCCUAUUCGGGCCUGUAAAGAUGAAGAGCCCGGCUUCGCUUCUCACCGCCUUCCCCUAGUCUACCCCAUUUCUCCACAGAUGCCAGCCUGUCCCCUUCAAGGCCUCCGGCACGAGGUGCGGGGCAGCACUUCUUCCCGGGGGCCAUGGACAUGGAUGACAACCAGGACCUCUUGCUUUGCACUGGCCUCUAAAUGACAUUUAGCUGUUCCGAGGACUUUCCCCAAGCCACCAAAGGGCUCCGGGAGCCGAGGUGGAGAAGCCCCGGGUGAUGCGCGUGAGUGCCCGGAGUGGUGGAACAGCUUGUGCCAGUGGCCAUGGCUCAGGGUGGAGCCCCAGAGAGAAGGCUGGAGCUAGCCUAGCUUUAAGCUCUAUGGCCAGGACAGGAGAGUGAGCCCAGACUCCAGGAGGUGAAGGCCCAGAAAGGCCCAGAGCCCAAGAACCAGACCCUGCAGGCCCCGUGCCCAGAAAGAGUAACAAAGGAAAACAAAUAAAAAUGACUUCCCCGA